AUGCCAGGAGCCACCAUCACGCAUGAGUGUUGGCGGUGGCUGGUCUGGAAUUGGGCGCCCUUUUACAUUGAUCAGCUUUGUGUGUAUCCGCCAUACACCGUUCACACUGAUCCAAUCAAGAAGCAAGAAGAGAACCAACGAGUUUCGAAGCUUAACGCAAUUGCGUACGUCGGAGCCACUCAUGGAAUCCUAGCCAAUCCGCCAGGCGGUAGGGGGGAACGGACUAUGGUCGAGCUGCGUGUUCUUGGAAGCCGCGCUCUUCACCAACCGGAUAAUUUUGGAGAUCAUACCGCAUUGCUCAAAUUUGGCCCAGGAUAUUCCACUGAGCCGCUAGACUGCUAA